AUGACCCCUCUGCUGACACUGCUGCCUCUGCUCCUCCUGGGGGCCGUGGCCCAGCAAGACUCCAAGUGGACGUACUCAGACCAGGAGGUGGAUGAAGCGCACUGGUCCGAAAAGUACCCCGCCUGCGGGGGGAACAGACAGUCACCCAUCAACUUGCAGGCGAGGAAGGUACGAUACGACCCCUCGCUGAAGGCCCCGCACUUGACUGGCUACGAGGCCCAGGACGGCAAGUUCCUCAUGACCAAUGUUGGCCACACAGUGAUGAUCAGCCUGCCCUCCUCCAUGCGCAUGGUGGCCCCCGAUGGCACCGAGUACAAAGCCCUGCAGAUGCACUUCCACUGGGGUGGCGCGUCCUCCGAGAUCAGUGGCUCUGAGCACACCAUCGAAGGGAUCAGAUAUGCGACAGAGAUUCACAUCGUGCACUACAAUUCUAAAUACAGUAGCUUCGAUGUAGCCCAAAAUGCACCAGAUGGCUUGGCUGCGCUGGCAGUCCUCAUUGAGGUCAAUGACUAUGCUGAAAACACUUAUUUCAGCAACUUUAUUUCUCACUUGGAAAACGUCAGGUAUCCAGGACAAAGCACGGUUCUGAACAGGCUUGACCUUCAGGACAUGCUGCCCAAAAACCUUCACGACCACUACAGCUACAAGGGGUCCAUCUCAACUCCUCCCUGUACCGAGAACGUGCACUGGUUUGUGCUGGCAGAUCCCAUCAAGCUCUCCAAGGCACAGAUCUGGAAGCUGGAGAACUCCCUGCUGAAUCACCAAAACAAGAUCCUCCAGAACAAUUACCGUCUAACCCAGCCCGUAAACGGCAGGGUGGUGAAAGCCAAUUUCAAAAAAUCACCCUGA